GUGGGAGCGCACGUUCUUCAAGGUUCGCGAGAUCAUUCGUCGCGCGUAUAACUGCCUCGCAUCCGUUGAUAGCCUGGCGUGCUCGGAAGAAUCGUACUAAUCGCGUGUGCAUUGUGAUACAGCGCCGACGGCCCAACAACAACGCGGUUGAGGGGGCUUGUUGAGCAUUCCAGUGCGCUUCGCUACUGCUAGUUGCCAGUGUGUCCAGUGCUUUUGAUAUUGUGCCCGCGUGUUGUUGAGAUUGUUGUUGUUGUUGUUUUCCUGCAGCGAGUCAGUGACCAUUGGCUUUUCGGGGUCGAAGCGCUGCAUCGAAGCAACAGGAGUGGAUUCGAAAGCUUGAGAACGGACAGGAGAAAGAAAAACCAGCGAAAAAAAUAUAUAAAUACAAGAAUCGUGCGGAUUGGCGGGCAGAGGAAAUUGAAAAGUGCAAAAAUCCUCCCGCAACCAGCUUUGAAGCUACAUCCGAGCGUAAGACGAAGAUAUCGUAGCUAACUCGUAGAAGUAUACCCAGCAUACAACACAUAAAUUGGCGGAAGAAAACCGACGACCACGCGUUGCUCUUGCCGAUGCGCAACCGAUGCAACCGCAAGCGCAUACACCACGUGUAUAACCGUUGGCGGAGGAUGCAAAUGGAUAAUAAAAGCCAUUAGAGCGGGCAACCCCGGAACAACGGUAAACGGCACAAUCGGAAAGCUGAGGGUGUAAAGCGAAAGGCAACCAGCGGAAAGCAGAAAGGUGAACCCACGGGCGGAAACUCGGGGUCGCUGCUACUACGAUUAUAUGGUGGAGAAAUGAACCGUGGCCAGCGUGUACCGGCUCGGAUGAUGGGCGGCGGAUCUGCACUGGCAAAACUGUACCCAGAAAAUGACGGUUAAGUAAUCUCGCCGUCUUAAGCAGGAAAAAUUGUCCGCUUCCUUAACGCUUCGGAAGAAAUUCGGAAGCGAAAGAAAAACAAUCAACGGUAGAAGAGUGAUCGCGCAGCGGUGGCGCGCCACAGGUUCAGCGAAGUACGAAUACCAAGCAAGAAAAGGGUAUAUAGUUGCUGUUUGAAAACGCAAAGUACUGUUCGGGAACGAGCGAAAGCAUCAUCUUAUCGUGUUUCUCUAUUCUCGAAUGUAAAUUGCCUUCAAACCUGCUCACCGUUGAUCGGUGAGGACGGAAAAGGGAAUUAAAACUAGCGACCCUAGAGCGAGGGUACUCGUCGUUCGACAGAUCGUAAUUUUCCACCCGGGAGGGUCGUUAUCGAAUGUUCUUAGCGUACAGAUGACUGACCGUCUGCUGGCUUUCGAGCAAGUUCUCAAGCACCCCGUUAGCUAAAGUGUUAGUGAAGUGCGAGCUGAGUCGAGUGGAAGUGGAAGAGAGUAGAAACCCGUCCGGCAAAGCCCUUAGGGUGUGAUUUAAGAUUUUGUUGGUUUCCGUAAAAGGGGAAAACAGAAAUCAAGUGUUUUUCGGGCGAGGUGUCCCGUCGAUCGUGCAGACGGGUUCCUUUGAUUGGGCGAAGGGCAGGAAAAUUAAAAUAAGCAGCUAACGAAAUAACGAAGGGAAGAUAAAGGAGGGAAGAAAACAAGGCGUUCGAGAGGAAAGUGCAUAAUUCUACGUCUCGUUAAGGCUCCGGACGACCCGUCGUUAGAUCGGUGUUGGUGGUUGUUUUCGGGAAAAGAAGGAAGUGAUCGGUAGUGUGGCGCAGGAAAAGUUCUCCCGGAGUCGCAUUCCCAGGAACGCAAGGAAGGAGGUGGUGCGUGCGAACGAAGAAGCGUGUGAAGCCCCGGCACAUUUCGCAGGCAGCCGCAGGACGAAAAUCCGUUCAAGGUGUCGCUCAACGGGAAAAUGCGGGUCACGUCGGAAUCGAAUUCCGGCCCGCCAAGCCGUACGCCAUCCAUCAUGGACAGCCCGACGCUGGCGCGCGUCGAGCGGGCCCGCCUGCGCCAGGAAGCGGACGGCAAUCACGGCGGAUCGCGGGCGGGUUCGGCGGCGAGCGGAGGUGGCGGCCAGCGUGAGGACAGUCUAGAGCGCUGUCUGCUCGAUCCCAAGAAAUCUCUACUAAUUGGCCGUAUUCCGGUCGCUCAAAUGACGGGUCCGAUCAAAAGAGGUCUCCUCUGGCAGCAGCGUGAUAGACUUUUCUCCCGAUGGAAGGAGAGAUACUUCAUCCUAACACGUGAUUAUCUCAAUUGUUUCAAACGAGCCACCGGAUCCGCGUCGGAAAAGAUCUCCGACAUGGGACAGUUUAUAUUUAAGAUCAAACUAGUCGACGUGGAAAAGGUGGAGUGGCUGAACCGUCGGUCGUACAGCGCGAUAGGCCUGCUUCUCGGCUCGCGAGAAGGGCGCGUCCUGUUGCGCAGCGACCAGGGUCUGGAGGACUGGUUCGAGCUGCUGGAGGAGUGCACGCUGAGCAGCAAGGAGCGGCGUCGUGCUCUUCGACUCACGCAAGGGCCACGAUCGCGCGCGUCGCUGGCGGCCCCGGUGUCGGCGGCCUCGCUGCAGACCAACCACCUCGGGCUCGGCGGCACCUACUCGGGCGCGAUCGAGGACUGGCUGCUGUCGCGCCACCAGCGUACGGCCGGGCCACGCUUCAACCACAUCCUGCUGUCGGACUCGGUGCCGGACCUCAGCUCGAUCAACGAGAACGCCGGCCUGUGCAGCGGCAUGCUGACCAACCACUCGACGCCGAAGAAGGUACCGAACGCGCGCCACAACCUGUCGGGCGGCUCGAGCCACGGCUACAGCAGCCACAACGGCAGCCUGUACAACGGGUUCCCGUACUCGCCGCUCAAGAAGCUGGCGGACAACUUCGUCAACGGCAACCACAGCUACACGCUGCACGACGACCUCGAGGAGGAGGUCGAGCUGAGGCGCGGCGGUCGCUACCGGGAGAACGACGAUCUCUACAGACGUCCGCACGGUCCCGGGGCCAACGACAGCAGUCGCCAUUCGUUUAUGACCGAUCUGGACUACGCCGGUGCGGACAGUGGCCUGGACACGCCACCCUCAACGCACCGCCCAGCGAGCUGCCGGGACAAUAUCUACUUCGCCGCCGCCUACAACGGGCACGCGCACGGUUCCGGGUUCCUCGGCAAGGACAAAACCACCGACACCGGUAUCAGCUCGUCGCGCGGCACCCUCGUCUCGCCGGCCAGCAGCAUCCGCCACGGAUACGUAAACGUGGCCAGCGUUAAUAACAACCAUCUCAACAGCUACGGCUCGCGAUACAGCGUGCAGGAACAGAAGAUUUUGCGCGCUCGCAACGGCGGCGAGGACAACAAGAACUCGAUCCGUUCGGUGCGGGCCGAGUUUUUCGAGCAGAGCAAAUACAACAGCAACGGCAGUGGCUACCAUCAGGCGAGCAACAACAACCACAUCACAACCGGCCACACCCAUCCCAGCAACAACAACAACAAUGGAACGAAUGUAAGCAGCAACAACGGUGGAAUCAAUGCCCAACAACCGGCCUAUCACCCGCAUGCCAACGGUGCCACCAACGGUAGCAACGGAAACCUCCACCAGAUGCACUUUAACGGACUGAACAACAACAACGGCACCGGCGGCGGGCACCACCAUCAUCAUCCCCAUGCGCAUCAUCACCAGCAGCUGCUGCAUCAUCAGCACAGCAACAGCGUGAACAAUAACGUGUCGGGUGCGCCGAACGGAAGUGGCACGGGCUCGCAGAGGGAUCGCUACCAGCAUCCGGCCCUGGCUGCCAUCAUCAACGAGUCGCAGGGAAUGAAAUUCAGAGAUCGUUCCUACUCCGACUGUCAGCAGGCGCCCCGAGCCCGCCAGUGGACCAGCAACACGCCCAGCCCAAAGCGAAUCCCCUUCCUGGGCACACCCCCGACGCGGGUCUAAUUGGGAGGCAGGAUAGAAUCGAUUUUCGGAAAUAGGUUUCCCUCCGAUCCUAAUACAUAUUCAAUUAAAAAAGCGCGAAAAGCUGAGAAAAACCGUUGUGAAACGUAGCAGCCCCCGCUCAGAGGUACAUGAGAUGGUGGUGUCCCGUUUGAGUCAGCCUGAGGGUGGAAUCCGAGUUUUGUUCUAAAAAAAAAAAAACAACAAAAAACUAUGUGUAGAAUUUAUAUAGCACCUUUUCUCCAUCUUCGGCAUCGAAGAUCACUUUCCGAGAGAAGACACCAAUGCCCCACAGGAUCAUCGAUCCUCGAAGACCCAAUGAUUUAGAAUGCGGACUCUCCAACCGGUCCCAACCGCGACCGUGUUCUGUCCACCGCCGCCGCCGUCUAUUCUCUAUCCUUCGUUUUCUGUUUCUAUUACACAGUUGUCCCCUGACUGUGGCCUAAUCUGUGAAGCAACUUGUGAAAGGAUUAAAAGCAAACAAAGAAAAGCGACUUACUUUGACUCCACCAUCCGGCUGUCGCUGGGAAGGUUAAGCGCCAAGCGGAAGGAGGCCGAUGCUGAUCGUGAGACGAGAAAGCGUUUUGUUCAGUUCUCCCUGCUGCGAGGAAAGCGGGAUAUAACUAUAGAUGUGCUGUGUAGGAAAACGAAAACGACUAAAUCAAACCGCACCUACAAAAACAUACUCGAUGUAUCGAUAAGAUUCUUACCGCCCGACAUCCGGUUCCGGCAAGUGAAGCUUACAGAAUAUCCAAAUAAAAAAAACCCGAUAGCAUAAAUAGAAUGUAGUACCUAGUAGGCGAGUUGUAGUAACAGUAGCAACAUGAUGUUCAUUCGAAUCCGUGGCUGCUUAGAUCGUGCGAGCUUGCUAUGAUUUGUUUGUUUUUUUGGCCCGCAUUGCUUCGUAGAAAAGCACAUUAGAAUCGUGAUGUUGGGAAAUUGUUCUUUUUCCCACCUUUUUUUUUAAUUUUAAGUAAGAAAGCAACCACUCUGUUUGAUGAGGAAAAAUGAGGAAAAACAUUAUGUAAACAUGUGAUGAACGUUUGUAGGUCCGAGCUGGUUUAGAAACGCGGUGUGCAACCAGUAAAUUUUAACCACCCUUGCCUGAAUGUGUUUUAACGAAAGUAGUGUUUAAAAUAAAGGGAAAGAAUCGCUAAACAUUUUUCGCAACUACCCCUUUACUCGACGUAUCGGUAUCGGUUCGGAAUGUAGAUGCCGUUUAACUUAGACAGUGCGUGUUUUCUGUUCAUGUUUUUAGCUGAAAUGGAGAAAUAGAAUCGAUCAUAGAAAAAUACGUGUUUAGUUUGUUUCUUUUGGCUGAAAUUUAUGGUUCUAUUGAUACUUUAAGCGAUCAAUUUCGUUUCUCCGAUCUCCCCGUG